AUGUCUAAACAUCUUGUAAACAUAGAUUCUGAAAUCAAGAUCCGUAGGCAAAGAGAUGAAUCUAGGGAUAUGCAUGAGAGGAUUUCUGAACAUAUUGCAAGCAUCCAGGAUGAAUUUAAGAACAUAAUUAAGCAAGAUCAGUUGAAGGAGGAUCAAGAAAGUGAACUAAACGAUCUCAUCUGUAAACACAUUACCAACAUGCGCACUAUAUCACAUUUAGAAGAAAAACCAUACACUUGUAGAGUACUAUUUAGUGCUGCAGAAAUGGGCAAUACUAAAUUUUUAGUUGAGCUCAUCCGUCAAUAUCCUGAUCUCAUAUUGAAGGUAAAUGAUGAUAACCAAACAAUAUUUCAUAUUGCUGUCCAACGUCGUCAUGAGGGUAUCUACAAUCUAUUGUACGAGAUAGGAUCAGUGAUGGAUUUGGUAACUCCGCUUAGAGAUGUAAAUCAAAACAAUAUGUUGCACUUGGCAGGAAAGAUGUGCAUGCAAGAGCGACUUGCGGAUGUGUCCGGACCUGCUUUGCAGAUGCAGAGAGAAUUAUUAUGGUUCAAGGAAGUAAGGAAUAUGGUUCCCCCUUAUUUUAUGGAACUAAGGAACAAAGAUGGUUUAACACCGCAUGAAUUAUUCACAAAGGAACACAGUAAACUUAUUACAGAAGGUCAGAUGUGGAUGAAAGAAACCGCGAGUCAAUGUAUGGUUGUUGCGGCACUUAUUGCCACGAUAGUAUUUGUAGCUGCUUUUACAAUUCGAGGUGGAUAUGAUCAAACCUAUGGUAUUCCUAUAUUUUAUCGAAAACCAAUAUUCGUUGCCUUUGUAGUGGCAGAUGCCAUGUCUUUGUUCCUAUCAUCAACUUCCAUACUCACCUUCUUAUCCAUCCUCACAUCUCGUUAUGCUGAACGUGAUUUUGUUGAAUCAUUACCAACAAAGCUGAUGGUAGACGAGAGGCCGGACGGUCGUGAUAGCGAUCAUGGUGUGUCAUCUCCAGAGUAUUAUCUAGAUGAUUGGGAUAAUUACUAG